UCUAAUAAUAAUGACAAUUCUCAAUAUUGUCAACAUUCAACAUUCCUGCAUCUUGUGCUAGACAUAAUACAUAAUUACAUAUUCCUUAAAUUGAGUAUCAUUUUAUACAUAUAGUUUCAAUUUGUCAGUCAGUAUUCACAAUUAAUGAAUAUCUAGCAAAAAUAAACGGAAGACGUAAAAAAAUAAUUAUUGUAAUGUUAAUUUUCAAAACAACAUUAUUACAUAUAAGGCAAUAAUUACAAUAAUCACAAGUCAAUAAAUUAACACUUAUAAAAUGUUAUCCUCUCUUGUAAAAGAGCAUCAAGCUAAACAGGCAGCCAAGAGAGUUUCACAAGAACAGAAACGAAAAGAAUGUAUUGCUGCAGCCAAUGACUUAACACAGGCUCUGGUUGAUCAUCUAAAUGUUGGAGUGGCCCAAGCAUAUUUAAACCAAAAGAAAUUGGAUGCGGAAGCAAAACUUCUUCACCAAGGUGCUAUCAACUUUUCGAAACAAACACAACAGUGGCUUGCCCUUGUUGAGAACUUUAGCAGUGCUCUGAAGGAAAUUGGUGAUGUUGAAAACUGGGCAAAGAGUAUUGAAAGUGAAAUGAAAAUUAUUACAGACACCUUGGAGCGCGCUUAUGAAACUGCUAGAGAACAACCUAGUAAUAGUUAAUUAUAAUAGCUAAAUAAAUUGUAACAUUUUGUGCAGCC